GUAGCUCUACGUAGACUAUUGGAUAGCAACGACGUGGGCGGGUUUGUGAUUUACGUCUGCACUGUUGACUACACAAACGAAGAUUAUCUUGUUUAUGUCGGUGCAUUUAGAUAAUAGGAGUGAUUUUAGACGAAUGAUUCGCCCUAUAGAUUACAGUUAAACCAAGUUUAAGUAGCAAAUAACUGGAAAGAUGUUUUCAAGUAGGUCAUAGCAAAAAGAUAGUCGCCGUGAAUAGGAAUAUCGUGCACAUCGUGAACUAAAAAUGUCACUGAUUGACAAGGCGAUGAAUGAUAGAGCUCACAAAAUAAAAACUUAACAAAUCAGGUAAAGUGAUGGGAGCCGACAUUAGUAAAAACAACAAGGAGCAGCCUCCGUCCGAGGAGGGGCGCUGUGCCUCAGGGUGGAGGGGCUUCCUGUCCAGUGUGGGCAUCUCCGUGUCAUCGGGGCUCUGUCGCCUGGGCGCGCGACGCAUGAUCCGGGAAAAGGGUGCGCCUCUCCCGGAUGAUCACGUGUUCCAGUCCAUCCCUGGCCCAGAGAGGCUCCGGAUGGAGUGGUCACUACCUGGGUUCAUCUCCAUGUUCCUGCCUGAGUUUCCACACCGCAACGUCCCAGGACACGAGCAUUUCCAGGUUCUGGGCUGCAUAGCCAAAGGCUCCUUUGGCCCUAUACUGAAAGUGAAGGACAGGUCUAAGCAGAAGACUUAUGCGGUGAAGGUUAUUCCCAAAUCUGAAGUUUUAAGACAAGGGGUGCUAGAGCAGUCGAAAGAGGAGGUCAUCAUUCAGAGGCAAGUGCGGCACCCUUUUGUGCAUGACCUGCAGGACUGCUGGCAGACACAGCGCCACCUCUACAUUAUGUGUGACUACUGCAGCUCAGGAGACCUGUACACCUACUGGAUGCUGAUUGGACAGUUUGACGAAGAUGCGAUCAGGGUGUUUGCAGCAGAACUGGGCUGCGCUCUCGGCUUCCUACAUGACUUUGGAAUCAUUCACCGGGACAUCAAGAUGGAGAACAUCCUCUUGACUGAUCAAGGACACCUUCGAUUGGCUGACUUUGGACUGUCCCGUCGGCUGGAGCAAGGAGGAAGGGCUUUCACUAUCUGUGGAACAAUCCAGUACAUGGCCCCUGAAGUCCUGGGUGGGGGUCCCUACAGCCAUGCAGCUGAUUGGUGGUCCUUGGGCAUUCUGCUCUUUUCAUUGGCUACAGGAGAGUUCCCUGUUCCCCCGGAGCGUGACCACUGCAGCAUGCUGAGGAGGGUCCGCAGCUUCUCCUACGAGAUGCCCCGGACCUUCAGCCCCCCGCUGGCCCUGCUGCUGACUGAGCUCCUUUGCAAGACCCCGACGCGGCGCCUGCGAACCCUCGAGCGCUUCAAGAGGCAGACGUUUUUUCGGGGCACCCCUUUCGACUCCCACCUGCUGCAGAAGACGCCCAUGGAGCUGAUCCUGGAGCUGAAGGAGCACCCCGACCGGCCGGUCAAAGCGCAGCGGGGCAUGAAUCAGGACGCCUUCCAGAACUUCGACUGUGACCUCCUGGACUCCCCCGUCAGCACCACAGACCUGUCCCCCGCCCUGGUGAACUUUGACCUGAGCCGAGCCCCCGCCCUGGCCACCGCCACAGAUGCGGCCUUUGUGUAACGAGCGACUGGCGGUGAGUGAGUCAGCAGGCCCAGCCAAAAUUACAGCUGUGUGCUUUCAGGAGGAGGAGUGAAAAUGCAGAGGUUCUGAGUGGAGAACAUUAUUCACUCUUUAUUAUUAUUGUUUAUAAGUUACUAGAUUAGUCUCAAUGAGUUUGAAAAUCUCUUAUAAGAGAAACCUAGCUGAAAUAAAAGCACAGUUACAGUGACCAACAUAAAGCAUAAACAUGGUAUGAUUAGUAGAAAGCACGAGUUGAGGUUCCAUAGUUGUUAAAGUCAUGAGUAAUUCUUUGUCCAUGAUGGACAGUGUACUGAUUCUAUAAUGUUGGGAAACUGUGCCAAGUGCUUAUGUCCUGUUUCUUAUUCUACUCGAUCCCAGUAAAUUAUUUCAAAUUUUCCACCUCAUUUGUCAGAAAUAAAGCUGAGAUUACAUUUCCCUUUUGCAGCUUUUGUUUGCAAUAAAAUCACUAAUCUCAGGUUAUAAGGCUUUUAACCUUCAAUGAAGAUUUAAAAUAGUUUUAGAAACAUCACUACAACAUUUUUGUUAUACACACAAGGGCAACAUUUGCACAGAAACAAUUAUUUUAUAUACAGAACAGACUUUAUUUCCAGGCAUAGAUUUGUACUUUGAAUCAUUGCCUAUGCUUUACCCUAAAUGUUUAUGUACAAUAUAUUUAGUGCAUCUAAUUAGAGCUUGAAAAUUGAAGUUUUUUGGAGCAAGCACCUUACUUUUUAAGUCAAUGUACUAUAACGGAGGAUAUGCAAAGCACAGAAAUUCAGGUAUCUUCAUCCAUCGAUCAAUCCAGUCUUCCAAACCACUAGAUAUGUUUGAAACAAGACUGUCUUGCAUUGCUGCUGUAUUUCUGCUAAUUUUUCAGGCUGUUUUAUAUAUGAGAGAACCGUUUAAUCGUUUAGUAGUGUCUGAAUUUGGAAUUUUUAACAGAACACUGCCUCCUUUUAGUGCCAGUGGAUGCAGAUUGGAAUACUGUCUUAAACAGAUUAAUGUGUUGUUAUUGUAUUAAAACCAAAACUUUUGUUAAUGUUGUUAAUGUUAUGCAGGGAAAUAUUCAUAGACAUUCCUAAUCAAGACCACUGCCUUGCUUUGUCUUAUUUUGUAUCUCUGUCACAGGCAUGUGUCUCUGUUAACAGCCUUUUGACAUAAAUUAAAUUUGAUAUUAUGUAGCAGAAAAGGAAGAUGAUGCCAUUAGCAUGAUUUUUCAUGUAUCAACUGUGAAAUUUUUAUAAUUACCUGUAGAGAAGUACCUCCCUUUCGAUCAGAUCUCAUCUCAAAUGUCUGUCUCUUCGGUUUAACUGCCAGAUGCUUUUUAAUGUGAAUUAUAUUUGUGUCACGUGUCAGAAAAUAUUAUUGAAUAUUAUUACUGUAUGUGUCAAGUUGUUGCCACUAGGAAAUGUCAUCGUUUGUUUUGACAAUAUUUUUUUUAGUUUGUGUCGUAUUAAAACAUUAAACAUGCACAUGAAUUAAAA